UUGAACAUUAUUCACAAAGAUUUUUAUUUCACAAAUAAGCUAAAUCACAAUUGAGCUAAGAUAUUAUUCUCUAUGUAAAAUAUUUUAUUUAAUAUAACUAUCUUACGGUUUGUCGAAGCGUAAAAUCUCCGAAAUCUGUAAGCUUAGGCAGAAUCUUAAUUACAUAUGCCAAAAUAAACCAGCGCUCUCUGUCGAUGUUUCUGUAAUAGUGAGUUAUGCCGUGGUUCAAUGCCAUUUUGGUGAUUAUUGAUAUUUGAUAAUUCCUGUUUAAUUAACGUGUAUUUAUAUAUAUGCACUCUGGAAAUACAUUCUAAUGUUUCUCCUGACUUCCUCAAAAUAAUUAUUUACAUUAAUGCAUACUAUGUUCGUGAUAUCUGAAAAAAGUGUAUGGUAAAUCUUGCUAGUUGUGAUAGUGUUUAUUGUAUCUUGAAAACUAAAACUGGAUGUGUUUACAAAACUUUGUUAAUAAUGAUUUUUAAUCACUUGGGCAAGUCGAAAUAUCCAGCAUUUACUUUAUUAACGUAGUGGAUUUUUCUAAUUAUUAAAAUAUCUUACCGGCCCUCUGAUGAUUGAAAUGGCGGCUAAUUCAAAAUUGCAUGUAAACAAAACCAUUUUAUAAACAGAUACAGACAAUGUGUUAUUUUGAAAAUAUUCAAUAACCAUAUGUAAACAACAAACGUAACUAUUUAAAACUUAUGACAGAAAUGUUAAGACUCCCUUAAUGGAUUUUUCUGUCAACUGCGAAUUAUCUUAGUACACAGAAUAUAGACAGGAACAUUUUUCUCGUGAUGGACCCUGUACUUCAAAGACUUGGUGAUGUUACGAUACAGAGACUUGAAAAACCAAGAGAACCCAAGAUGGGACCUCAAAAUGUCCCGGUGGCGAAACCCAAAGAGAAUAAAGAUGAAAUGAACAGUAGUCCUGAAGAUGACAGUGGAGAUGAUUUUUCUAUUCCAGGUCUAAAAAGAUCAAUGAUAUCCAAUGAGAUAUCGAUGAAAAAGUUCAAAUUUGGUCCUAGUGGAUUACCUAUUGGUAAAAAAACUGAUGACUUGAGUGAGACGGAAAUGUCUGAUUAUGAUUCUGAAUCAGAAAUGGAAGAUUCAGAAGAUGAAUCUCAUGAACUCAACACCAACGCACCACUCAAUCAGAAAGUUACCCCCAAUAAAAAUUUUCCAGUGCCUCAACUACCUAUUCAAGCUCCAAGUAACUCUGAUGAAGAUGAAGGUAGUAGUGGAGCAUCCUUUUUUGAAAAAUUGGUGCAACAGACUACUGUUACUGAACCACCACCUCCCAGUACGCCUGAUUCGAACACUCCCAAAGAGCCCAAUAUUCCUAUAAAACAGGAAGCUGCCAGUGAGGAAGAUUACGAUAUUGAUAUUAAAGAAAAACUGAAAGAAAUGGGGGAGAUCAGUUUUGAAACGGUCAAGAAAGGGGAGAAACCCAAAAAGACUGAAGUAGUGGAAAAUGAAGUUGUUGUCACUACUAAAAAAUUAGGUGCUGAUGGUGAGGAGAUUCCUGGGCUGCCCAAAGGAAUUGCGUUAAGGAGAAACAUUCGUGAAGUUAUGGAUGAAACUAAACUGGAUGAAUCGACUCUGGCGGCUCAAAGGCAGGAAGUUGAACGUCUCAGGAGGGUACAAGAGCAACAAAGGCUUCUGAGAGAAUUGCAAAAACAAGCAGCACAAGAAAGAAUGCAAAAUAGAGUGAUAUCCUUGUUACAAGGUGGCCAUUAUUCAAAACCCGGUACAUCACAACAAACACGAAUCGGUAACACUGUACUAGUAAAGUUGCCCAAUGGACAAACUAAGCCAAUGACUCGUAUUCCUAAACGCCCAUUUGAAUUACUUAGGUACCAAAAGAAGGUAGCCCAGCAACCCAUGAGCGCUCCUAAAGUCUCCAAAAAUCUUUUGCCCCCUAAAAAGAUUCCUACAGGACCUGAUCUGACUCCUUCUGUCAGUAUUGCUCCCGUCUCGAAAAAAAUGAUGCCACCAAUUAUGCAGAGGCAUAGUGAUAGCGAUAGCGAAAGUGAUGAAAGAAAAAUUAUGUCACCUCCUUUAACACAUAAACCUAAGGGUAAACCACCUGUACAAACAAUAGACAUAUCUUCCGACGAUGAUUGUAUCGUGGUAUCUGAACCUGAAGAAGAAGAGGAAGAAACAGAAGAUGAUCCAACAAACUCUGGCAUGCAUACCAAUGAUCAAUUCAAUCAACCAGAUGAACAAGGAAGAGUAUUGGUAAACGUAGGUCAUCCUGAAGGAGAACCUGACGUUUUUGUAGCACCGCAAAUUUCUCGGAUUAUCAAACCCCAUCAGAUCGGUGGAGUCAGAUUUCUAUAUGAUAACGUUGUUGAAAGCACUAGUCGAUUUGAAAGCUCUACGGGAUUCGGCUGUAUUUUGGCCCAUUCUAUGGGUCUUGGAAAAACUCUUCAAAUUGUUACGUUUUCUGACAUUUUCCUCCGUCAUACGUCAGCAAAAACAAUUCUAUGUAUAAUGCCUAUAAAUACUUUACAAAAUUGGAUGGCAGAAUAUAAUAUGUGGAUCCCGCCUGAAGAAAGUGUGGCCAGCAGCCCUUUGGCAGCACAUGGAGAAGUAAGACCGAGAAAUUUUAAUAUUCUCGUUUUAAAUGACAGCCACAAAACUCUGGUGGCUAGAGCUAAAGUCAUACAUGAAUGGAGAACAAACGGCGGUGUGCUAUUAAUCGGCUAUGAACAGUUCAGAUUACUGAGCCAGAGGAAAAUGCCAAAAUCUCGAAGGAAAGUUAAUCCAGAAAUUGAUGAUAACCGCAAUAGCAAAUUAUUUGAUGAGGUACAUACAGCUUUAAUAAAACCUGGUCCCGAUCUGGUUAUUUGUGACGAAGGUCACCGCAUCAAAAACUCUCAUGCUUCCAUAUCCCAAGCGCUGAAACAAAUGGAAACCAAAAGAAGAGUUGUUUUAACCGGUUACCCACUACAAAAUAACUUGAUGGAGUACUGGUGUAUGGUAGAUUUUGUCAGACCAAACUAUCUCGGUUCAAAAACUGAAUUUUGCAAUAUGUUUGAAAGACCCAUUAUGAAUGGACAGUGUAUAGAUUCAACAGAAGCAGAUAUCAAACUUAUGAGAUAUAGAGCCCAUGUACUUCAUUCGUUACUGAUAGGUUUUGUUCAAAGGAGAUCUCAUGCGGUGUUGCAAACUGCUCUACCCCAAAAAGAGGAAUAUGUGUUAUUAGUAAGGAUGACGCCCUUUCAAAGAACACUAUAUGAAACUUUUAUGAACGAAGUCGUUCGAGUUCAAGCUGUGCCAAAUCCGCUGAAAGCUUUUGCUGUAUGUUGUAAAAUCUGGAAUCAUCCCGACGUUCUAUACAACUUCCUUAAGAAAAGAGCCGGUGGUGAAGCUGUAGAUAUAGAUUUAGAAGAAGUAGGUGGAGCACCUAUAACAAAAACUGCCAAUGAAAAACCUCCACCAAAAUCAAAGAGGAAAACUCCAGCAAAAGGGAAAAAUGGAAAGCCCGCUGCUUCCGUAACUCCUUAUAAUAGUUCCACCGAAGGUACAGGAACUCCUCUCGUUCAAUCAGUAUCCACCGCUCCUACCACUACUUUUUCUAGCACAUCCCCAAUUACAUCCUUCGCAAACGCCCUCUCUCAGCAGAGUAAAAUAAAAACUCAGCAAUGUACAUCAAGUCAAGAUUCCACGACGAUACAAGACAUAUCCAACAAUUUUCCAGAUACUAUAUUACAACCUUAUUACGAUCAAGAAUUUGAUCAAAAUGCUCAAUUCCCAUCAACGUUUCCUAAUAGUAAUAAUUAUAAUUACCCGAACACUUCCAACGCAAAUACCGAUUACAACAGCAGCUUCAACUUAUCAGAACAUACUCAAAAAACCAGUUUCCUCAAUCUGGAUUCUCAAAAUUCCACUCUAACACCUUUAUCUUCAAAAGUAUCACUAACUCCACUCACAUCGAAAACAAAGGAUCUGUCACUGAGUGGAAAUUCAACAUUGACAUCAUUAAAUAACAUGAAUAAUUCGUUGAAUACCACUAGCGCUCUUACCCCUUUAAAGAAUGCCUGUAACAUGUUAAAUUCCGUGGGUAGUGUACCGGAUGGUGUGAAUAAUAAUAUGCAACCUAGUUCUGAAGAUAUUAUGGAAAUUGGGUGUAGCGGAAAUGGAAAUAAUCCUGUAUUUGGACAAGAUCGCCAAAGAAAUUAUAAUAUAGAAAACAACACAAAUUUCCAAAACGAAUACAAUUAUCAACAGAAUUAUUGGAACCAACCCCAGCAGCAGGAGAACACUACUAGCUAUGAUAAUCAACACAGCGAUUACUUUGGUCCUCCGAACAAUCAGUUUAAUCCCCAUUUAACAAAUUCAACUAGCUCUUGGAUGAAGAAAGAAGAUCUAAAACCGAAUGUCUCGAAUAUGAUUAACCUCAAAAACGAGAUUAGUAACGAAAAUAAACCGAAAAUAAAUAUUAUAAGCGACAUAAAACUGCCGCCAGUAUUUAGCACAGCCACAACUACAACUUCUAUGGACAAGAAAAUUAAUAUCAUCAGUGAUAUUAAGAUAGAGCCUAAAAUUGAAGAAGGCGUAGAUAUAUACGAUGUAAAACCUAAUGUAUUACCGCCUCUACCGUCUUUAACACCAUUUAAGACAGAGUUUAAAAACGAAUUUCAGUCCGAUAUUAAGACUGAAUUUAAAAACGAAAUUAAAAACGAGGAUGAACAUAAAGACGAAAAACCCCAACUGCCGACCCCCGUUCAAGAGAAUCCAUUUUCUAAAUUGAAUCCUUUGGCAUUAAAGGACUCUAAGGAGGAUAGUGGUAUUCCUUAUGAUUGGGCGAUCGAGUUACUGCAAGAUUACAAACCGGGAUGUAUCGAAAACUCUGCCAAAAUGGGAAUAUUAUUUUGUAUAAUACGAGAAAGCAUCGCUUUAGGUGAUAGACUGUUAGUUUUUAGUCAAUCUCUAAUAACUUUGGAUUUAAUAGAACAGUUCCUUCAAAUGAGUCAGGUUCCAGGAGAGACGUUUAAUUGGGCUAAAAAUAGCAGUUACUAUAGAUUAGAUGGAUCUACAAGUGCUCUGGAAAGAGAGAAACUUAUCAAUGAGUUCAACUCAAAUCCAAAAAUACACGUGUUCCUAGUUUCUACUAGAGCAGGAUCACUAGGUAUUAAUUUAAUUGGAGCCAAUAGAGUAGUAGUUUUAGACGCCUCUUGGAAUCCAUGUCACGAUACCCAAGCAGUAUGUAGAGUUUAUAGAUACGGUCAAAGAAAACCUUGUUUUGUGUAUAGGUUGGUUGUAGACAACUGUUUAGAAAAGAAGAUAUAUGAUAGGCAAAUAAAUAAACAAGGUAUGUCCGACAGAGUAGUAGAUGAAUGCAAUCCUGAUGCCCAUCUUACAAUGAAAGAUGUCAGUACGCUUUGUUGGGACGACAAAACCGAUGACGUAGAGGAAAAAGAUUGGGCUCACGUCAAAGACAACUAUAUAGAUGUAGUGUUACAAAAGGUGCUAGAAAAAUAUGGCAGAACUUUGAAUAAAGAACCAUUCCAACACGAAUCUCUACUAGUGGAUAGAAAAGAAAAACAACUAUCGCAACAAGAGAAACGGUUGGCUAAAAAGGGAUAUGAGAGGGAAAAACAAGCUUCACGCCAACCUGCUUAUAGUUUGAUGGGAUCAGCUAGGGGGCAUAGGCCCGUGGCUUCAGUGAGACCGAUGCAACAGGGAGAACGACCAUCGAGAUGGAUACCAGCUGAACAUUGGCAGCGGCAAGGAAUGACUGCUCAAGAAAUGACAUUACCUUUGGAUGUAGUCAUACCAACAAAUCAACCCGAAAAGGGUAACAUAGUUCUUAAAGCAGGUCAAAAAGUAUUAGUUCUCAAAUCUCCUAAAGGAGUUUAUAUGCAACUAGAAAGCGGAAAGAUAGUUGCUAUAAAGACAGCAAUUAAAGUUAAAGGAAAAGCCGAUGAAGGCGGAGAUCCAACUAAGAUGGUAAAACCACCUCUUUUACCUCCAUCGAUUAAAGGAAAUCCUUCUCUCUCUGUGGUACCCCAAAAGAGAGUUGUAAAACCUUUUGUACCUGGUACUGCUAAGUUUGGAGUUCAGAGCGUCAGGCAGUCAGUCCCCAAUCUUGUGUCGAGGAUUAAAAAUAUGCAAAAAAACAUACAACCAGGCAAAAAAAUGUCUCAAAACGUUGGAUGUGAAGUUCCAAAGUCGUUUGUUGGAGGUAAAGACGACAGAAUGCCAAUUGGUAGCAGCGACGACGAGCAUAAAGACACCCCUUCUUUGCUUCAGCACUUAGAAAGGAUGAAAAGGACUCCCCAACCCCCACAUCAAGAAAGCAACGACGAUAUUGAAAAGAGAAUAGCAUUAUUGAAAAAGAAUAUCUCCAUUCAAAGGGUAGCGGCUAAGACAACUGCCCCUCCAACGCCCCAACAAGCACCAGCGCCACUUCCUCUCGCUCCCCCGGCUCGACCAGCGAUAGUUGAUGAGGAUGACGAGAAAGAAGAAAGUAGUCCGGAGCAUUCUGGCGUCGAACAAAUGGAUCACAGUAAUUCGUCGAUGUUAGGUGAUAGUACCCCUUUCCAGGACACAUUAGAUAGUAUAACAAGUGCAUAUCAAGCGACAAAUGAUGAAAAUCUAGAAUCGUACGAAGACGACGAAAUCUCUGAACAAUCAGAUCCAAAACACCAAGAACAAAGCGAAAUAAGUGAUCAUAGCGAUGAUGUAACAUACGUUUCCGAUCAAUCUCCGACUUCUCAGUAUAAUUCACAAGCCCCAAAUCAUCAACAAUCAUCGUCAACGACUACAGAUCAGCCCAAGACUGAAAAUCAAGACUAUGGCAGCUACAAUAACUACUACAACUACCAAGCACCGCCGUAUCACGCACCUCCCCAUCCGCAAGGUUACGGUUACCCUCAACCGCCACCUCAACCGUACGAUAUGAUGUAUCCGCCUCAACCUCAACAACCCCAGUAUAAUUAUGGAUAUCAAGGUUAUCCGCCACCGCCCCAACCACACUAUCCGCCUCAUCCGCCACCACCACAACCGGGAUAUGAUUAUAGCGGACAAGCACCACCUCCAGCACAACCUAUGUAUGGGGGAUACAAUCCAUAUCCAACACAGUAUCCUCCACCGCCUCCCACACAAGGAAUGUAUCCUCCUCCACCGGCUACCGGGCCUACUCCUCAAUAUAGUGAAUAUCAGCAAUAUGCUCCUCCCAUGAACAAUGUCGCUCCACCUCCUUCGCAGUAUUAUCCUAAUUCUUAAGGUGUUUUAAUAUUAAUUUAGACCAAUCGACUUGGGGAUUCAAAAAACUUGAUAUUUUGAGUUUUUUGUCCGUGAAAUAUCAUGGAGUGAUAGAAUUAGACAGACUUUCACAUCGCUCUUUACUCCUUUUUUUCUUUGUAUAUAUAUUUAUAUAUAUGUUUACUUUAUAAGCAAAUUUUUCGUGUAUAUUACUUAUUAGAAACAUUAGACUUUUGAAUUAUGAAAUUUUGUACAUAUUUUAUGAUGAAAAAUCUAUUUGGAAAUAUGCAAGUAGUAUAAUUGAUUUUUAUUGUUUACAUUUGAUAAAAUUGAGACAAAACGAAAACUCUACAUAUUAUAUUUAAAAAUUAUUCGACAGGGAUAAAAGGGAUUUUUUGAAAAUGGCAAACUUACAACUCCGGAAAACUUUCCUAUUUUCUAUUUCGAAUUUGAAUUUCUCCGUUUCCACCGUGAAAUAUAAAUACAGAUAAUGGAAAACUGUAUGAAAAUAUGUUAUUGUCCAGGGUUAUGAAAAUUGUGAGUAUUGGUGGUAGCAGUAAACAGUGUGUUCAUUAUGAAUAUCACCAACAGUUCCAGAAAUUUCAUCCUUGAAAUCCAAAGAGAAAUUGGAUUGUUUUUGCAUCCAUUGAAAUAUUGUGCUCCGGUUUCACAACCAUAUACACUAGAGUCCUGCCAAUCUGGAGAUCUGCCUAAUUCGGACAGUGCUAUAACUUAAAUUUUUUUUCUAAAAUAGAUGAAUUAGGAAACGUAAAGAAAAACAAGUUUUUUCAAAUAACUUCAUCCAUUUAUUAACACAAGACACAAAGUAAUGAGUAACAUAUGUAACAAAAGUUUUCUUAAAAAAAUUUGUAGUGCAAUUUUGAAAUAACAAAAUAAUGUUAACAAUUCAUUUAUUUAGCAUAUCUUACUUAACAUAUAGUUAACAAGAAACACAAUUUAAAUUAUACCUAAAGGGAUAUUUUCUUCAAUUGCGCGCAAAAAGGGCCAUUUUCUUUAGUUUUUGUUUAACACGUUGCAGCAUAUGCUGAGCGGUGUGAUUGUCAUUUUGUCAUCCAUACAUGCUUUUUCUAGUUUCUGUAAAAACAGUGGAGGUUCAUUUUUAGCAGACACAUUGCAGCUGGCUGACACACUUAUGUGUUGUUUGUUCAUUUUCAAUCCUGGUGUAGAUUGUUCCUAUUGGGAUAUCAGACUUUUAGAAGACAAUGCUUUAAGUUGAUUCCGGAUUACCUUUGAAUUCCCCAAGGUGUUGAAUAAUUACUUCAUUGUUUGCCGAUUGUUUCUCUCCAGUUUAUCAGUCUAAUUCUGUAUUGUUUCUUUUCUCAGUCUUAAGAAACCACAUCUAGUCGUAAAUUCAUGAGCUCAUGCAGUUUGAUCUUUAAUAAAAGGAUCACUGAUAGGGAUUCCUUACUAUCUUUCUUGGGUAAACUGCUACGUUUUUCAAUAAUUUGUUUACUUGGGGUAGUACAAAAGUUCUCCAAUUUACCUCCGUUCUCUAUCAAAUCGGAUAUGGUUGCUUGGAGAAGUAGAAAUGUUUUCAAUUUUAGCUCUGCUCUUUUUCAAACCGAACAAGGUUGCUUUGUAGUUACCAACAUCUUUGGCUAGCUAAUCUUUUAUUGUGAAAGGUUUGCUAGUAAUGAUGAAAUAAUAGAAUGGUCAAGUACAGAAUCUAAAAAUCUACAUUAAAAACUACUCACAAAAACACACGCUGAUUGACUGACUCGUCAUAUGUUUUUGGGAACGGAAGAUGUAUUUAGUGUCUGACUUUUAAUAUUCCACUCAAAGAGAUAAUAUGACAUUAUGUGACAAAAGUCCACCUUAUCAGAAGUUUUGCUUAUCCGAAUGAGAUUAUGUUCCAAAUAGUUCGAAUUGGUGAGACUCUAGUGUAUCAAUAGUGUUCAAAUAAAUUUUUAUCAUCAACAGCUUCAAAAUGCAGUUCCCGUUACUGCUGCUCUAGUUAAAAUGAUAAAUUUAGCAACUACACCUUCACGAUCAAAAUAAUUGAAAACUAGAUGGCACGAGUCAUCAUUAAAUCGAAGAAGAGUUGAAACUUGAUCUCGCGGGGAGGUACUGACGCAACUGUAACACGUGUUUGUUUUGUCAUAAGUCAUUUUAUCACUCACCUAUCGUGUCAUAAGAGUUUAUAAAACUCUUCAAAUAAUUUAAGACAUAUUAGUCUUCAGUAGUAAUCGUACUUCCAAAAUUAAUUACCUUUCCAUUUUAUGCGAUAAUACUUUUUAUCAAAAAUCGACAAAAAUUGUUUGUUUAUGUGCAUUUUCACAUAUUUAACUCAAAUUAAAUCCAGUGUAAUAUAAAUUGGACGAUAAAUGGAAAUAAUUCAGCAAUAAUUUGUUGAAAGGAGAAAAAAAUUGUUCGUGUAACUCUGCAGGUUAUUUAUAAGAUACAUUUUGUGUUACUCUUGAUUUUAUUUCUACAUCAAUCGCAAUCCUUAUUAAUUGUGACAAUUAUUAGGAUUUACUAAACGGAAAUUAUUUUCAGUGAAUCUCACGACUUACGGAAUUAAAAUCAAGAAAUUGUGUUAGAAAUUAUACCAUAACUUUAUUAAUAGGAAGAAUAAAAUAUUCUAGUUAGUUUAAAAUUCCACUUUUAUGUGAUUUUUUUUAGUGACAAAUUGUGAUUUAAUCAAGUGUAAUCUUUUUUUUUUCGUAUGUAUUAAAUUGUGUAACCCAAAUUGAUUGGUCUUCGAUUUCCGAGUAGUGCAAUAGUUUUAACGGAAAAGAAUCUGUAUAAUUCUUAAGGUCCUAGAUGUUGGUGGUAUUACAAAAUUAUCCUUUUUCACGGUAUUUUAGGUAUUUUAUUAAGAUAGUUCUUGAAUUUUUUUUGUGUAAAUUUAAGUAAUUUGUAUAAAGUAGCGUUGUAACAAAAAGUUUUAUUUUAAAUUCAUACACGACGUCAUAAAUACUUGUCUACCAAUUUGAUUAAAAACAAUAUAUACUUGAAUGGCACAUUUUUAGCCUAACCCAGGUCUGAAGUGAAAUAAUUGUAUAAACUAGGUUAUGGUGGGUAGUUGUCACCGAUAGAGCUGGAAUCAAUAAAAAGUCUCUAAUUUAAGAGCAAAGUAUUGAGCCACUUUGAUAAUUUUUUUAAUAUAACUUAGUUUCUUUUUUUUAUUAGAAUCUGCCCUUGUUGCAUAUCAUUCUGAAGGACAUUCAAUGCUCUAAUUAAUUUAUCAAUUCUAUUUCUUUUAUCGAUAAUAUUUUUCCAAAAAAUUACAAUAUGUGAUGAAUAUGUUUCUUCUCUUGCUCGAAUGAUGCCUUGCAUACAAUCGUUUCAUCUAUCACUGUCUCUUGUAUGUUCAAAACCGUGAUAGUUGCUGGAUUUUUUGCAUUGAUGCUUUUAUUAGCUUGUUCCAAAUUUUUUCUAUUAGAUUGUCCACACAAUUACAUUUCUGAAGAAUUUUUUUAAUAUCCGAGUUAUAUGAGGCUUGGGAUUGUCCUGUAUUAAUGAUAAUUUAUUCCCAAUGAGGCUGUUAUAGAGGAUAUCAACUGAUUUUUAUAACUUAAGGAAUCAUCAUUUAACUGCUAUCUCUUGUAGGUGUAAAACCAUGGUAGGUGCUGGAGCUUUUGGUUUGAUUCUUUUUUAGCUUGUUCCAAAUCUUUUCUAUUGGAUUGUGGUCGUCCAUAUAAUUACUACAAUACCAACAUCUCUGAAGAAAUUUUUUAAUAUCAGAGUUGUAUGAGAAUUGAGAUUAUCCUGAAUGUAUAAUAAAAAUUUAUUGCCAAUAUGGCUAUUAUAUGCUCAUUCAAAACUUCUGCUACACAACGGUUUGUAGUGAUACCAUUAUUUCGUCCCGGGGAAAUGUAUGAUAAUUCUUUGUGCGAAAUUACCCCCAGAACAUACUGGGUCCACUUCUGUAAGCAUUUCUUUUUUCUAUACUUUGUGCAGAUCGGUCUCCAGCGCCUCUUUUACGUCGCUUGUUUCCAUGGAGCCAUACUCUGGUCUAGUCUGAUAAGACUACCGUUUCCAUUGCUGAGCAGUCCGACACUUGCUUGUCGAUAACAUUAAAUUGUCAAUACAAAUAUUUUUACGAACUUCUUGUUGUUUAAACAUGAGGGUUUAAGCACCGCGAAUACUUAGAAUACUGGCAGUUAGGUAGAACAAAAUUACCGACUUUUUACAUAUUUUCAUCAGUGUUUGGCGUGCAAGGUCGACCUGAACGCGAAUCAUCUUCAUCAAUGUUUGGCAAUUAAAUUUCAGUUGCAGUUUUUCCCAAUUUCAUGUGAAAUUUCACAACAAUCCGUUGCUCUAUUUUUAAUUCGAUCCUUUUUAUAGCAAAACAAAAAAAACAUUCUAUAAAAAGGAAGACGACGGCUACACUGGUAGAUAUCGCAUUCGAAAUAGUAGGCGUACUUUUUAUGUAGCAGCGCUAGUCUCGUUAUUUAAUAACCACACCUCGUAUUUAUUAGUCACUUCGUGAUCAUGAUUUCUGAAAAACAGAAUUUUCGAGAUAUACACUUAUAGUGUUCAACUGAGCUCUGCUUUUACGUGGUACUGGUGAGAUGGAUCGUAAUAAGGUCUAAUUCUUAUAUUUAUACAUUUUUUUAUCAAAUUUGGAUAAAAUGUAAAAACAAAAUUGUUUUUACGGAACUCGUUUGCUAAAUAAAGUCGGUAAAUUCUGUCGUUAACAUAAGGGUAAAUUUAUUUUAGACGUUGCCAAAUGUAUUCUUUCUUAAAUUUACAUAAAAAAUUUUACUUUCCAAUUGCAACACCCCUGUUUUUCAUAACUUUCUAUACAUUUAUACUGAGGAAAAGUGAAAAAACAAAAAUUUUAUUUUGUGUAAACAGAAAGUGAAAAGGGGAAACCUGAAUGUUUCAGAGAAAUUAAUUGCAAAUUUUCAAAAUUUUAUGAUUUUUUGAGUCCGUGGUCUAUAUUUUUUAAAAAUAAUCGAGACAAGUCAAAUGAGACUUUGAACUUUCGAUAAUUUCUUUUCUAAACCACCGAAAUUGGAAUAAUAUCUUGAAAUAAAACUUACAAAGCGUUGGACUGUAAAAGAGGAGCUUUUAGUCAAAAAAAUCUCAUGAUUCGACACCUCUAGAUCCGGUGGAAAGGAUCGUAACCCCUUUUUUCACCAAAACCACCAAUCACGUAGACAUUAGUAUUAAAGUUAAACCACACAAAGAAAUAUUAUAAGAGCUAUCUUAAUAUACCGUAACAUUUAACAGAUUUGAUAUUUUUCGAGGAUUAUGAUAUAAAAAUAGCAUUGGAAGUGGAAUAUGACUUUAUUUUAUCAAACUUUAUAUUAUAAAAAAAAUUGCAAAUUGAGAUUAUUAACAAUUCUGAAUAGAAGUUAUGAAUAUAAUACUUUUUAAAAAUUUUAUUUUAAGAACUUUUUUUUAAAUUUCCAAUGUAUUGUUUAUAUUGUAAAAUUAUUAUUAAGGGAAAUAUCAAAAAUGUAUCUAUGACUUUAUAUUAAAAAACAUCAGAAUUAGUCCUGAAGCUGGGCAUAUGGUAUUUGGAAUAAAUACAUUUUCCAAUGUUUUUUGUAAUAGUAUCCAAAGAAAACUUAUAAAAUAAAUAUAUAAAUAACAAAAUUUUCAAAACUCUUUGCCGCCUUUAUUGACAUUAUAAUUUGAGAACCAAGGUUUCGUGUAAGAACCUUGAUUAAUUUCCGAAAAUUUUUCAGGGCACACAAAACACAGUUUUAUAAUGAAAUAUACUGGGUUUAAAAAAAGUGAUUGAUUUUAUGGAUAGAUCAAAUGAUAUUGUAAACCUAUGAGUUAUUUCACUGUCUUUGAGCUGAUUUCCGUAUUUUCCAAGAAAAUGGAGUUACGUAAUUUGUUUAUAAAAUUAUGACCUAAUAAACGGAGAUAAGCAGUUUUCCGUAGGAAUUAAAGCGGGUUAUUUCCUUUUUAAAAACUCUUUAUUUAGACAAUGAAAAAACAUUUUCUUGGAACUGGAAAAUAUUUCCAUUUAAUGAAAAAUGUAUUAAACCUAAAUAGGUAUUCAUCAGACUGUUAAAAAAAAUCUACUAUGUUCUUUUCUUAUUAAUAUUGAAAAUAUUGUUCGAAAUUACGAAAAAAAAAAUCUUGAAAAACUUAGAUUUAUUAAAAUUAAGAGGUGCGUCGAAAAUUUCAAUUUCUCAUUUGAUUAACUUUGGAACUCGUUAACAAGUGAUCGGCAUAGUUGAGUCAGAACAUAUUUCUGUAGAGAAUUGAACGCUCUCUAAAAAAUAUUUGUAUAAUUUUCUGAUAUAUUUACUUUUCCAAAAGUUAUUUAACGCUAAAGAUGGAUUGAUUUAAAAUAUUUACAUUCUUCUAAUUUUCCGACGCAACCAUCAACUUUAUGAUAAAAUUUGGUAGGACUUUUUUUGUUGAACAUUUGAUAUCCUAUAACUUAUCUCCUAAAAAAUUUUGAAUAUUUUUUACAGAUCGUAAGUUAUUUGCAAAAAACUAAAAACAUUCCAUAACUUUUGAACGGCUUGACCGAUUUGAUCGCGGUCGACGCCAUUCGAAAGGGCUUGACUGAACUUAGAUUUUGACUACGGUUUGGACAGAUUCGGGUCGGUAGGAAAACCACGUCGAUCGCCAAAAAGCCGGUCAAAAUCGGUUGAUUCGUUUGUAGAUCGUAAGUUAUUUGCAAAAAACUAAAAACCUUCCAUAACUUUUGAACGGCUUGAUCGAUUUGACCGCAGUUAACGCCAAUGGAAAGGGCUUGACUGAACUUAGAUUUUGACUAUGGCUUGGACCAAUUUGGACCGGUAGAUUUUGAAAUCUUAAAAAAACUAUGAAAUUUUUUUCUUGGGAAUAACUUUUAAACGGCUUUACGACCGAUUCCAAAAACUAAUCAGCUCUUAACAUCAAAAAACCACGUCAGUACCCACCCAGUCGGUCAAAAUCGGUUGAUUUGUUUGUAAAUCCUAAGUUAUUUUCAAAAAACUAAAAACCACAAAAACAUGAAAACAACUUGUUAUAUGGAAAACGAACAACUUGAAAAUAAAUUUAAACUAUUCGGAUAGUAUCUAUCGAAACUGAUUUACACAUUAUUGCAAAAAUCAAAAUAGUAUCUGGAGAUUACACGAGAUUCCACGUGGCGUAUUAAUCCUUUCUUUUUUACCACUUAAGAUUCCUGUUUUUGCCAAAUAUUGCCUCUUGCUUAAAAGCAGCCUUUGUUCCAGUUAAUUUAAUACUGGUACUAGUACACCCUUCCUAAUCACUGAUAUCGCCGAGUACCUCUUCAGCCUAGCAGCACCUCCCUUAUGUAUCCCGUCAUUGCUGGACGGUGUCGUUCGUCUUUAACAUCCAAGAAACGACUUCUUACAGUAAUCAAAAUUUAUACAGAAAUAAUUUAAUGACAAUCACUAACUAAAAAGAGGUACGCACUUUUGAAAUUUCGCAGUAAUAAUAGUAGAUAACUAUUGUGUUACCUGAAAGAAGUUGUUGAGGUUUGCAAGUAAUUAGUAGAAUUGCCAUAAUAUAUUAACGAAAUCGAAAGACGUUUUCAAGCUUUCUGUUACUUGAAAAGUCUCACAUAUGCUCUGCUUCGGCACUAGAUCUAAUGUUAAAAUGUCUAACUUCCCAUAAUUAUGUUGGCUUCAAAGAUAUUUUGUAAAUUAAAGGUGUCCAACUAUAAAUUGACACAUUUUAAUAAUGGUAAAAUAUACACGUUUAUAAAAAUAUUGAAGAAAUGAGGUAAAGAAUUUUUUUUUUCAAAAUUUAGUGUUAAAAUAUUUCAAAAUCGAUUCUUACGUUCUACAACAUUUGAAAUUUAUAAUAAAAAAAAACUAUAAAAAAAAUGUGGAACAUAUGUCAUAUGGUAAUAGUUUAUAAUACAAAAUAAUCAAUGAUCCUCUUUUUUUAAAUUAAACACCCAUAAAGGCAUUUGGAAUAUUACAAUGUGUUCAACUGUGAUCAAUGAGCAAUUCAAUUCUAACUUAAUCUAAUGGAGUUUAAAAUUCAAUAUUAACUUAUUAUAUAUUAUUAUAUAUUAACUUCAGCGUUCCUUAGAUUCUGUAGAAUAGAUUGCACCAAAGUGCCCACACAAGUUCUGCUUUUGGACUAACACUAAACUACCUCAAAGAGCUUGAUCCUCUUUAAGUCUUUUUUCUAACCCAAUAUUAUCAAGGAGCUGGAUAGCAUCCACAUUGACAUAAUAAUGGAGUCUUCUUAAUUUCUUAAUGAUCUGGUCAACAGUAUCCAUUUCUAGGUCCCUAUGAAUGUACAAAGAGGCAUCUACUAAGCUCCUAAAUGCUUUUUUUUUGGAAUCUUUGAAUGAUUGCUAAGUUGCUUGCUUUGGUGUAUCCCAACAGUUGGAUACCAGAAGUCCAUACAAGCUUAAGUAUCUGCAGAGUAGAGACAGAGUGGAGUUUCUUCAAAUUAACCAGUAAAUUUUUCUAUAUUUCAGACCAAGUUCUCUUUUCUCUUCAACAUGAACCUUCCAUAGAAGUUAGGCAUCUGAACUAAUACCUAAAUAUUUUCCUGAUUUUGAGCGCACAAUCAGGUUAUUAUUAUUUGUUUGUGAAGUUAAUUUGAACUGAUAAUUUCAUUAAGUUCAAUUUUCCAACUCUUCGUUCAAUCAUAGAUGCGGUGUACAGCUUUUUGAAGCUUAUUGGUUGCUUCUUCAUUACUUCUCCUAUUGCUAAAAUGGCAGUGUCAUCGGCGAAGGUGGCUAUGGUAUUAUUCAAUGACCUUUUGUAAUAAUUAAUCCCGAACAUCAGGCACCAACAGUCUGCGGAGGAUAACCUUGUUUUGUGACAACCCUAGCUGUCCUAAGAGAUCAAGAUCCGUUGACCUGGCUGAUGAUCUUGAAUCAUGAAUUUCAUCUAUUUUGGUCAAUCACAACUCUGGACAGGAGUGGUAGAAAUUGAUAAAAAGAGAAUGAAUUUCAAUACUCUAACGCUCGAAAGGGCAUAAAGAGGCCUAAAGUAGAAGAAAAAAAUGAAUGACAUGGUCAAUUCAAAUUCUAUAGAUCGAUACAGAGGAACAAACCGCUGUUUAAAAAUAUUUACAAUCGACUAAAACUUUUUCGUGAUACCGGCCACUUCGUUUAUAGAUUGCCUCCUUAGGAAAUCAGGACUGUAACUUUUAUUAAAAAGUCCUUACAACGCAUUUAUAAUUAUUACAAUCUUAUAAUCUAAUUUGAUCAAUGAGUAAUUUUUGUCUCACCCAAAUUAGUACAUGAGACUUGAAUAACUAAAGUCUAUUCACUAAUAUACCUUGGGUUCCAAUAUUCUUCUUCACUUGACUUAUAUACACUACCGAGCACUAGAUUUUUGCACUAGAUGUAUAGGAUGGAUUUAUAUAUUAACGUUAUUCGUACAUCCCAAAAUCAUUUUUAUUAGAAGAAAACAAUAAUACAAUAAUUUCUUCUCCUAUUUUGUUUUUUUUUUUUGGGAAAACCAAACUCUAUUACACUCGAAUGGAGAUGCCUGUUUAAGUUUCUGGUCAACUCUGGUUCGCCUAUAAGUCGAAUUUCUUUCUUCUGUAUCGAGUCGAGCAUCCUCAGAGUAUGCUUCGGAGCUGAUCUCCAAAUGUGCGAGCAGUACUCCAAGAUGAACGAAUCUCGUAGAGGAUUAGAAGCUGUUGCGGGGUAUAUAGAUUGUUUAGACGGAACCAAAUCCUGAGCCGCAGUACCAGAAUGUUUUCAAUAUGGUGAUGAUCAAUUGCUACCUACUACAGAUUUAUAAGGUCGGCAUGCCAAACCAUGUCAAAAGUCUUCUAUAUAUCCCUGAUUCCCUCAAAAUAGCGUCUUUUUAGAAAUAAACGCUUCAAUUGUAAAGCAUCAUAUUUUCAUAACCAGAAGAAUUGAAAGAAUAAUAAGAAUCAUAGUGAACAAAAACAUUAUAUGAAAUAUAGCGAAAACUAUGUACAAUUGGAUUUUUUUAUAUUCGUUAUAAUGCGUUGUUGAAAUGUGUCAAUAUUCAAAUAACACUUGUAUUAGAAUAACUAUUUUGAAACGAGUUUUAAGGUAAUUUUUAUAUAUUAGAAUAUGAAAAAAAUUCCUUACUUUUUACAUUUGCUCAAUCAUAUGUCUAAUAUUAUUUCAACAUUUAACUAAUUCAAUAUCUGCCUCAAACAUUUAGAUACAUAUAGAGUCGUUAUUUCGAAGAUAAAAUUUUCGAAAAAAAAAAAACAGUUUAUCGAAACUUCAUCUAAUCAUUUGACAUUUUUUUAACUCUUUCCUCCGCUCCGAAGUUCCUGAACAUCCUGCAUCAAAUUUUUGAUUAUAUUAUAGGAAAAUUUUUAUUGACCCGUAACAUCACAAUACAGUAGAUUAUAAUUGUAAUUUUUAACUGAAAAUACUGUCUGAAAUAUUUUUUCAUGUCAAAACAAUAUAAAAACGGAAAGUAAACUUUCGACUUACACGAAAGUUACGAAAAAGGGUUUUAUUAUAAAAAUACUUCUACAUUCGAAUGCUCCCCUUCAAUAUACUCCCCUCCCCUCACUACACACCUUUCCAUACGUUUUUUCCAUUGAUCGAAGCAGUGCUGGAAGUCUUCUUUAGUGAGCGCCUUUAGAAGCUCUGCCGUUUUUUGUUUUACCGCUUCCAUCGACUCAAAUUGGGUACCUUUCAAAGCAGAUUUUAUCUUCGGAAACAAAAAAAAGUCGCACGAUGCCAAAUCUUGUGACUACAGCGGGUGUUCGAGCACUAGAGUGCGCUUACUGGCCAAAUACUGCUUCACAGAUAGCCCGUUAUGGGCAGGUGCGUUGUCUUGGUGCAAAAUCGGGCCGUUUUUUACGAACUCUGGUUGGAAGUCUGAUCGUCUCGAACCCAUUCAGUCAUCACGAUACCGUUAAUGUCGAAAAAAACGAUCAACAUUGUCUUAAAUUUUGAUUUUCUCUCUCGGCCCACCAACUAAAAAACGGGCGCACCAGAUAGAAAAUUGUCCUCAUAGGCCUCUUGCAACAAUUUAGAGCACUCAGUCGGAGUUUUUUUUUUCAAUUUAACGGCACGAGAAAAAAAUACGUUCGUUUCAAACAGCUACUGCACAAAUACUAUUAUAGUGGUGGAAACGUGUUUUGGGAGGUGCAUAGACAAGAUAUCUAGAUACCCAACGCACUACUCGUUUUUUACCCCACCCGUCUAAGGCGCCCUCAAGGUGUGCAGUCUUGUUAUUUAAUACACAGACCUCGUAAAACAAUGGUCUGACACACAAUUGAUUUGCACUUAAUUAAAACGUAAGAAGUUACACGGUAAAAAAAUGUUCUUAAGCGGAACGCGAAAAAAGUCUAUAAUGUUCUUUUGCUUAGCAGACGACAACCUUGAUUUUGCCGCGAUAUUCUGCCAUUUCCUAAUCCACAAAAUAUCUAUAGGGGUAGACGUAGAGCUUUGUUCGAUGUACUGAAGGGCUGCAUCAAAUGCAUUUUUAUCAUCUUUAUGCGAUACUCGAGCCAUAGGUUCAUUGUCUUCGUUAUCAUCAUCGUUCUCGUUCCCAUCGGUUGUUCGAGUUAGAAAGUCAGUGAUUUGGUCGUCAGUUAAUUCUUCUUCUAUUGUGCAGCUGUACUGAUUGAUCCACUCACUUACGUCAACAUCCGGUUGUAAAGUUUGCAACUACUUCAAAAUUGUUUUGAGUGUCUACGUCUUGAGUUUCGUCAUUUGUUGCACGGGAUGUUUUAUCUUCUUUCUCUUCACUCAUUUCUUUUAACGUUUCAUUUUUAUUUUCUUCCAUUUUUGGCCACAGUUUACGCCAAGAGUUUUUCAAGCGUUGAUAUCGGCAUUUCUUCAUAAACUUCAGCAAUUGUAUAGAUGACACCUUUUAUAUUUAUUGAUUUCAUCGCUUGAAACUAGCUAUUGACCUCUCUAAAAUUUAUCUAAUUUAUUUUCGACGAUAUCGCAUCUUCAGCCACUCAAUGACCCCCUGGUCCAUGGGUUGGAUUAGGCAUGUUACGUUGGCAGGAAGAAACAAAGUUUUAUUUCACCUUUUUCAAGUUCAUCUUCGGAUGUGAGAUUACGCGAGUUUCUUUUCUCUUAGAUGUUUUGUAACGGCAGGGACGAACUGGUCAUAAAACCAUUCCUUAAAGACUCUGGAAUCCAUCCAAGAUAAUAUACAGGCAGUGAUGUCAUUUCAAUGUUUUUGAACACCCUUGGUUUUCUUGCCUCUCCGAUCACAAUCAAUGGCAUUUGUGUUACUACAGAGAGCAAUUGUUAUUUCAUCUUUGGCAAUUUUUGUACCAGCUACAGACUCAUUUUUUGCAGCAAGAGCUCUUGCGGGGAACAUUUUGUAGUUUAAGCCAGACUCGUCAAUGUUAUACACUUGAUCCGGGGAAAGUUUCAGCUUUUUAACCAAGUUAAGAAAUUUUGGAACAAAAUCAUUAGCAGUUAUUUCGUCAGUCGGAAAUAAUUACAUUUCGAAUACCGUGUCGUUUUUUCUACCGAUAUAGCCAGUUUUCACUCACUGUAAACUUUUCAUUUUCAUUGUCUCUAACUUUUUAUACAAAACCAGAGUCUUUUCUUUAAUAAUGGGUCCAGGCAGUGGAGUUCCUUUUCUUCUUUCCCGCUUAAACCACACCCACAAGGCGUUGUCUAUAAUUUCAAUUUUAGGCUCUUCAAAGCGCAUUUCUCAUCAUCGAUCGUCACUGUAAGACUUUCAAGAGUUUUCCGAUUUUUUCCAGUUUUUAACAGUUGUUAUCCUAAUUCUUAACCCACUUCCAACCUUUUAAAGAGACGCCUUCAUACAACCUUUCAGGCACAUUCAUUUUCUCCGCUAAAGACAACGUCACAUGCUUACGUUUCGUUGAUACAAUAGAAGAACACUGUCACAACUGCGUGCAUAAUAACAAUCAUAUCGACUUCGAAAUAAGUUAUUUUAUGUUGAAACUGUACAGACUACCUCACCUAUCAACAAUCAGCUACUACUGGGAGUUAGACCAUGGCAAUGCAGACCUGACUGUAGCUGCGGCCGUAUGAUCGGACUAAGCGGGGAGUCAGACCAUCCGAGGUCGGAUUAACAGGUUCUACUGAAUAAUUAUUACCAUAAAAAUUACAUGUAUUGAUAUAACUAUUCAAACAAAGGAAUAUAUUGAUAAAAAUUACUUUAGAACUCUCUUAAAAUGACAUAUCUAUUGCUGGAAGUUAGUCAUGCUUUAUACAAUACCCAGUAUUCGAUUUCCUUAGAUUAAAAACGGAAGGCUUGUAGUUGUAUACUUAAGAAUAGUAACAUUACUGUAUGAUGAAUGUAAUUAUUGUAUGUUAUCUUGUAACAAGAUGUUAAUUUUUAACGGGAACUGAACUACAUAAUUUUAUAGAUGUCAUGAUUUUUUAUAAUCACAUAAAAGGAUGUUUUGAUAAUGCUACAUCAACACUUUCAAAAAUGCAUAUAAAAUUAUCAGAAAGUUGCAUUUGAUAUUUUAAAAAUAAUUCGUUAUUCUUAAUUAUUUUCAAACAAAAUUUGAAAAAAUUCCACGUAUUCCAAACUAUUAUUGCGAUAAAUUUUUUAUUUUUUUUAAUAUCAUGAAAUUCAUUCUUGCCUCCAGUUGAUCUAGCUCAGUAAUUAAAACUAGGUUUCUGAAUGUCCUUUGAUCCGUCUAAUCUCAUAUAAGAGGCCUGGCUAUUAAAUAACGAAAAAGGGCUUUAUUAUAAAAGUUAUUCUACAUUCAAAUGCUCCCCUUCAGCAAAUUCCCUCCCCUCGCCACACACCUUUCCAUACGUUUUUUCCAUUGAUCGAAGUAGAGUUGGAAGUCUUCUUUAGUGAGGGUCUUUAUGAGCUCUGCCGUUUUUUUGUUUUACCGCUUCGGGUCCCUUUCAAAGCAGAUCUUUUUCUAACCUUUCAAGGAAAUCUGAUCAGACCCGUUGAUGCAAGAGCUUUUGUUUAGGAAUCAGAUUUUUUGGCACCAACUUCGCACAGACUUUUGUCAUGUGUCAAAUAUUUCUAACAGUUUCUUUAUCGGUGUUUACAGCCUCGGCAAUAAUCCGGAUGCUCCUUCGACCAUCUGCACGCACAAUUUGAUUGAUUGUUUCUGUUUCAUUUUUAGUGCUCUCUCGGCCCUCACUAAAGCGCUUACACCACUCAAAAACACACGCACGAAAUAGAGAAUUGUCCCCAUAGGCCUCUUGCAACAAUUUAUAGCACUCAGUUGGAGUUUUUUUCGAUUUAACGAAAAAUUUGAGAUUGAUACGCUGCUCCUGUUUUUCGGCACUAGAAAAAAACACGUUCGUUUCAAACCGCUACUGCGCAAAUACUAUAAUAGAGACGGAAACGUGUUUUGGCACGUGCAUAGACAAGAUAUCUAGAUACCCAACGCACUACUCAUUUUUUACCCCACCCGUUUAGGGCGCCCUCUAGGUGCGCAGUCUCUUAAUACCUAGACCUCAUAUCUACCAGCCUCCCUCACUUAGGGGCAGUGAAGCUCAGGACUUCUUAAGGAACAAGCUGUAGUUGCAAUUUCCACUCCCUGGCGAUUCGUAAUCCAUUGUAUAGUAGUGGGCGGCCAUUAAGCACGUAGUCCUCAUAGCCUCGUCGUUCCCCACUUGAUAUUACCAAAGAUAUCUUUUGAAAAGCCGAUCAAGCGCUUUGGCUUGAACCUUUCGACGACUUAGGAUAUAAUUCCUAAUCAGUCGAAGAGGAAAAAACUGCAGUGGCUUUGUUUCGCUACCGGGUGGAUACCGCACGCUAGCUCCAUGUAUGAAAUCCAUCAGCUGUUCUUUAGAGAAACCGGCAGCUCGAUUCACGGCUGCAGAUUCGAUCGUCCCAACGGACUCUGCUGCGAGUGCAAUUUUAUGGCUUUUGGAUCGAACUCGCUGUUUGAUGGGCGCAAAGCCAGGUAAAGCCUGGAUAUCAGGGUUGGAAGCCCUGGAUGAAGAAGGAUUGGAGGUUGGGGCAACCCUAAGAUCCAAGACCAUCAAGUCCCAAGCCGUCUGGGCAUCAUUGGUCUUCCUUCUUUUUUUUAUCUCCGCAUCAUUGAUGUUGCAGCUUCUGAGCUGGACAUUGUCAGAAGCACUGAGCAGAGCUUCGACAUUGGUAAA